AUGCCAGAUAAAAAUUAUGUAUUUCCAACAUCCACAACUUCAAAAAAAAAUCUAAAAUUUCAAUUUCACUGGUUUGAACGUUUUCCGUGGCUUGUUUACUCUACAAUUGAUAAUGGUGGUGCCCUAUGUAAAUACUGUGUAAUAUUUGGUCAAGAAUUCGGAGGCAAAGGCAAUAAUCAAAAACUUUCCUCUUUAGUAUUCAAAAUUUUUAAUAAUUGGAAACAUGCAAUUGAGGUAUUUAGUGAACAUUCUAAAAAAGAUUUUCAUAAAACCAAUGUUUUACGAGGUGAUAAUUUUAUAGCUAUCUAUUUAAAAAAUCAGCAAAAUAUUGCGCAAAAAUUAGAUUCAGCGCGUGCUGCACAAAUAAGUUUAAAUCGAAAAAGAUUAUUACCGAUAAUUGAAACUAUAAUUUUAUGUGGCCGGCAAGAAAUAGCUUUUCGUGGUACUAAUGAUUCCGGACCACUUUCAUCAAAAGAUGUCGAACCCGAACAAAAUGAUGGACAUUUUCGUGCUUUAUUGCGAAUGCGUGAACAAAUAGUAGAAAAAAUAAACAAAUCAAAGUGUUUUUCUGUAUUGGUUGAUGAGACAACUGAUAUAUCUUGCUUUGAACAGUUAUCAUUAUGUGUGUGGUAUUUGGAGCAAAGUAUAGAUGCUAAAAAUGAUAUUACAUAUGUACUAAAAGAAGAUUUUUUACAAUUUAUACCAGUAUAUUCUACAACAGGACAAAAUUUAGCAACAGUAAUUUUAGAAAAUUUAAAAAGGCUCGGUGUUAAUAGUCGGUACAUGUUAGGACAAGGGUAUGACGGCGCAGCAUCUAUGAGUGGAAAUUUCAAAGGCGUACAAUCUGUGAUACGUGAAAAACACCCUGCCGCCCUGUACGUUCAUUGUAGCGCACAUUCUUUAAAUUUAGCACUAGCACAUUCUUCGAAUAUUAAUUACAUUCGUAAUUGUAUCGGAACUAUUAAAUCAGUAGGUAAUUUCAUUAAGGUUUCUGCUAGACGAACUGAGUUGUUAAAAAAUAAAAUUAAAGAAUUUAUUCCCGAAAAAAAAUGGACUAAAUUAACAUCUAUGUGUGAAACUCGAUGGGUCGAAAACCACGAUGGAAUGAUUCGAUUUUUAGAUAUAUAUAAACCUAUUGUCGACACUUUAGAUGAACUCCAAUUAUUUCAUGAUAUUGAAACAUCAUCAAAAGCACUAAAUCUAUAUCGUAGCAUAACAACUAGUGAAUUUGUUAUUAGUUUAGUGACAGCUAACACACUAUUUUCAUUAACAUUACCUUUAUGUAAAUCAUUACAAUCAGUAACAUGUGAUUUAAGUGAAGCAGUGACAUUUGUCGAAACUGUUUUGAAUGAAGUUGAAGACAUGCGAAUCAAUAUAAACCAAACAUUUAAAGAAAUAUUUGAAAAGGCAACAAAUAUGUUAAAGUUGAUAGACGGAGAGGAUCAGAUAAAAAUGCCAAGACUAAUUGGACGUCAAAAAAAUAGAAAUAACGUUAAUGUUAACUCUGCUAUUCCUUUUUAUGACGAUUUUAUUCAACAACUAAAAGAUAGAUUUUCAAAACACAAAACAGUUUUGUCUUCUUUAUAUUUAUUAAUACCAAAAAUGUGUUAUAAAGCUGCAAUAUCAGCCUCAGAUUUUAAUUUAUAUUCUGACUAUAUAGAUAUGGAUUUAUUACAAACAGAAAUUAAACUAUGGAAUAGGAAAUGGAUCUCACAUUCUCAGGACGAUCGUCCUAGUACAGCCGUUGAAGCAUUAAACAAUUGUAAUUCUGAUUUGUUUCCGUGUAUAUACUUUUUACUAAAAGUUUUAGCUGCAUUACCAGUUUCAACUGCAACACCCGAGAGAACGUUCUCAACACUGAAACGGACGAAAACAUUUUUGCGAAACGCUAUUGGACAAAACCGUUUAAAUGGCCUAGCAUUAUUAAGUGUUCAUAGAAAUAUUAAAGUGGAUCCCGAAGACGUCCUGAAUAAAUUUGCACUUCAAAAAGAUAGAGCUAUUUUACUAAUAUAA